CAGCCAUUUUCCUUAAACUGUCAAACGCAAAUGUCAAACAAUUCUGAAACAAAUCUCAAGAAUUUUGCGAUAAUCCCAACAAAAGUGUAAGAAAUAUUAGUCAAAUUCUAAUUUACAAUGUCGGAAAAUGGGCACGAUGCGUAAGAAAACUCAAGUGUCGUUCGUGAUCAGAGACGAGGAGGAACGGCGGCAUAAAAAUGGUGUUAGUUCAUUGCAACUCGAUCCAAUACAGGGCCGACUAUAUUCGGCCGGCAGGGAUGGAAUUAUUCGGGUUUGGAGUACUGCGAAUGGAGUCCAAGACCGGUACAUCCAGAGUAUGGAACACCACACUGAUUGGGUGAACGAUAUAGUGUUAUGUUGCGGCGGAAAAAACUUAAUUAGCGCAUCGUCGGAUACGACUGUAAAGGUAUGGAAUGCCCCUAAAGGCUUUUGUAUGUCGACGUUACGGACACAUAAGGACUAUGUACGAACUUUAGCGUACGCUAAAGACAAAGAACAGGUCGCCAGCGCGGGGCUGGACAGGGCAAUCUUUCUUUGGGAUGUUAACACACUGACAGCUUUGACGGCCAGUAAUAACACUGUAACUACAUCAAGUCUUGUUGGUAACAAGGAGUCCAUAUACAGUUUGGCUAUGAAUCCUCCUGGGACUAUCCUAGUAAGUGGUUCUACAGAGAAAGUACUUCGUGUGUGGGAUCCAAGAAACUGUUCAAGACUUAUGAAGUUAAAAGGACAUGCGGACAAUGUUAAAGCUUUAGUUGUAAGCAGGGAUGGGACACAGUGUGUAUCAGGCAGCUCAGAUGGAACAAUAAAAUUGUGGUCUCUAUCACAGCAAAGGUGUGUUUCUACCAUAAGAGUGCACUCUGAAGCUGUGUGGGCCUUGUUAGCUACUGAAACCUUCUCACACAUCAUAUCUGGUGGACGAGAUAGGCUAGUCAUUAUUACAGAGCUACGAAACCCUAAUAAUUUUAUGAUAGUAUGUGAAGAAACUGCCCCUAUACUUAAACUAUGCUUUACUGCGGACCAAAGUGGAGUUUGGGUGUCAACAUCCGAGUCUGAUGUCCGUUGCUGGAAACUGCCCCCACUAAAUUCUUUAGACAUGUAUAAUCAGAAUAAUUAUAAUACUAACAAUGUGUACCAAACACAGCCAUUACAUAACAUUCCUGGUGGACCUGCAAUCAAACAUUACACAGUAUUAAAUGACAAAAGACAUGUUGUAACGAAAGAUACCGCAAACAAUGUAGCUUUAUAUGAUGUGCUUAAAGCUUGUAAAGUAGAAGAUUUAGGAGAAGUUGAUUAUGAAGAAGAAGUUAAGAAGAGAUUCAAGAUGGUUUAUGUACCGAAUUGGUUCAACGUAGAUUUGAAGACAGGGAUGUUAACAAUACACUUAGGUCAAGAUGAGACAGAUUGUUUGAGCGCUUGGGUUAGCGCUAAAGAAGCUGGAUUAACUACGGAGAAUGAUCAGAAGGUGAACUUCGGAGCUCUAUUGCUGCAGGCCCUCUUGGAUCAUUGGAAUCAUCCGAAUAGAGUGAAUGAAGCGGGACAGAGAGUGAUUGGGAACAAUUACUUCAGUGUACCGCAACACACUCCUCUUAUAUUUAGCGAAGUUGGUGGUAGAACUCUAUAUAGAUUGCAAGUUGGUGAUGCAGGUGGAGAAACUGAAGGUAACCUCUUAGUGGAGACUGUACCAUCUUGGGUGGUAGAUGUGGCUAUAGAAAUGGCGGCUCCUAAAUUGAACAAAUUGCCAUUCUACUUGCUCCCUCAUUCUAGCUGUCAAAGCAAGCAGGAUCGGCAAAAGAAGGACCGCCUAGUAGCAAACGACUUUAUACAGUGUCGUAAAGUAGCUGAACAUGUGGUAGAGAAAAUAGUCGGUGGUGGUGACGUGAACGGGGCGAGCGCUGGCAGUGGUCGAGCUAGUGCCAAUGAGGAUAGUGGCAACGAUGCUCCCGAAGAACGAGUUGAGUUGCUGUGCUGUGAUCAGGUGCUCGACCCAAACAUGGACCUCAGGACAGUCCGCCACUUCAUAUGGAAAUCCAACGUAGAAUUUACACUACACUACAGAGUUCUAAAACAAUGAAACAAACCUAUUUACUCAGAUCAGUUCAGGAAGUACUGCACUUUCCAUUGCAUGUUUAGACAGUGACAGAAGAAAAAGUGAUAUCAAUAAAAAGUCUUGAAAGUACCACUGUUUAAAAAAGUGUUAAAAGUACCGGUGUUCAAAAAGUGUUAAUAGUACCACUAGCCUAAAAAAGUGAUGAAAGUAAUAGUGAAGUUUUUCUUUUAAAAUCUGAGUUCUGUGCUUCGUUGAGUGAAAUGAAGAUGGUUACAUCCACAAGAGGGAGCGAGACAGCUAUGUUUACGGAGUUUUCCUUGCCGUUAUUUUUCUUUGUUUGUUUUUUUCAACUUCUGUUAAAACAACUGUUGUGUGUGGGAUGUUUCGGUAGUCAAGCAUUAUCUCGAUUUUACAUUUACAUACUCAUCAACUUUGGCCAAAAAUGAAAUGAUUUGAUAGUAACUAUACUUUUUUUUCACAUUUUUUUUCUCAAUCUAUACUAAUAUUAUAAGGCUGUACAAUUUGUUUGUUUGAAUGUCCUAUUUUCCGAAGCUACUGGUUCGACUUGAACAAUUCUUUAUUAUGUUAGAUAGUCCAUUUAUCGAGGUCUGUUAUAGGCUAUAAAACAUCAGCCUACGUUCAAUAGGAGCCGCCCAGCUUGUAAAACUGCUCGUGAGUUUAUGAUAAAAUAGCUUCUUUUCGGUUUUACCAACGACUGUAAAAAGAAGGAAUGGGUUAAGCUCUCACAUCCGCUCAGGCCUGUAAUCCUCAUCCCAGACUGGUCGC